AUGUCUCAACUGAUACGCGACAUCGAGUCUCAGAAGAUCGAAGAAGAGGAGAUCUUCCCAGUGCCUGAACAUGUCAUGGGUGCUCCUUCCUUCACCAAAAAAUCUAUCGUCAACUACUGUAAGACCAGAUUCACUGAGUUGUUCCCCACCAAGGAAUAUAUGAGUGCCAACAGGGAUCUCCUUAACCCUAUUCCUGGUUUGAGAGAGAUCUCUGGUAAGCAGUGGCUCUUUAUUUUGUGUGCUUUCUGGGGUUGGACCUGGGAUGCCUUUGACUUCUUUACCAUUUCUCUUAACGUCGACGUGUUGGCCAAGGAGCUUCACAAGUCCGUUACCGACAUCACCUGGGCCAUCACUUUGGUUCUUAUGUUGAGAACGGCUGGUGCUUUCAUUUUCGGUUUCUUCGGUGACAAGUACGGAACCAAGUGGCCCUUCGUGGUCAACUUGGCCCUCAUGUGUGCUAUUCAGGUUGGAUGCUCCUUCAUCAAGACUUUUAAGCAGUUCUUGGGUGUGAGAGCCAUGUUCGGUGUCAUCAUGGGUGGUAUUUACGGUAAUGCUGCUGCUUUGGCCCUUGACGACUGUCCUCCAAGAGCUAAGGGUUUCAUUUCCGGUUUGCUUCAACAGGGUUACGCUUUUGGCUACUUGCUUGCUGUCAUUUUCACCAGAGCAUUGGCUGACACGCAAAGCCACCAGUGGAGAGCCAUGUACUGGUUCGCAGCCUGUGUUUCUGCCAUCAUCACAGUCUCUAGAGCUUUGCUUCCAGAGACUAAUGCAUUCAAGGAGAAGAAGUUGAGAGAAGCCAUGCAGAGAGAGUCGGGUAUCAUUCCAGACCCAUUCUUGACUAAAGCCGGCAAAGCCAUCAAGGUUUACUGGCUCAUGAUCAUUUACAUGGUUUUGUUGAUGGCAGGUUUUAACUUCAUGUCCCACAGUUCGCAGGACUUGUACCCAACUUUCUUGACCAAGCAGUUGGGUUUCUCUCACAACAGAUCCACCGUUACCAACUGUCUUGCCAACAUCGGUGCCCUUAUCGGAGGUCUUAUUGUUGGACACUUCUCCAACUUCUUGGGUAGAAGAUUGUCCAUUAUGAUCUGCUGCAUUGGUGGAGGUGCCAUGAUUUACCCAUGGGCUUAUGUCAGAAACAACGGUAUUGAUGCUGCUGUCUUCUUCUUGCAAUUCUUCGUCCAGGGUGCUUUCGGUGUCAUUCCAGCCCACUUGUCCGAGUUGGCUCACCCAGAGUUCAAGUCUUUCAUUGUUGGUGUGGCUUACCAGUUGGGUAACUUGGCAUCUUCAGCUUCCAGUACCAUUGAAUCGCAAUUGGGAGAGAAGUUUCCAAUUCAUAAGCCCGAUGGUACCAUCAUUCACAACUACGGUAAGGUGAUGGCCAUUUUCGUUGGUGCCGUGUUCAUCUACAACUUGUUCGUUGCUUUCAUUGGUCCUGAGCACAGAAACAUCCACGCCGAUGUUGCCAGAAGAGACAAUGUGGACAAGUUUAUGGUUGACUCCAAGUUCACCAUGGAGAAGUAUGAGGAAGCUCAACAAAAGCUCAGCGAUGACGAGAGCAAGUAA